AUGUAAACUGAUUAAGAUAAUUCAUCGACAAUAAUUGCUCCUGUCAUUGAUGAGGCCCAAAUCACUAUAGAUUCAGAUGAUAGAUAAUCAUAAUCAUUAAUUAGCGUCAAUUAUCAUGCUAACAUGAAAAGAGUACCAAUAACAGUAGUUUGCCCUUAAUGCAAACAACAAGGAACGACUGUUAUUAUUCGUGAGGUUGGAGCAGCCACAAUAAUGGUUGGUUAUUUGCUCUUUUUGCUAACGACAAUAUUUUGCUUUUGGAUUCCAUGCUGUGUAGAUGAAUGCCAAGAUGCAAUUCAUUAAUGUCCACACUGUAAAGCAGAAGUAGGAAUAGGUCCGUAUCAAAUUCUUUGAAUUAUUAUUUAGUUAGUGAAAAAUUCUCUAUGAUCAAA